AUGGAAGCUAUGAUGGGAUUUUCAGGUUUUGGUAAGUAUCUAUAGAUAUACAACUUAUGGUGAAUAAACUAAAAGCUUGUGCAUAUCGUCCUGUUUUAUGAGUCUGUGAGUCCACAAGUUUUGAGUAAAGUUAUGAGCCAGGUUAGGGUUAACGUUUAGUGUUACAGAUACAUGUACACAUAGGGUUGAGGUUAAUUGAUUAUAAUACAUAUGUGCGUGAACAUGUUUUUUUAAUUAAAACUGUAUGGUACAGUAUACUUGGUAAGAUUCAGAUUGUUAGUGCAUUUUGCACAUAGAAGUCAGAAAGGGAAUUACAUGUAACUGGUAAAGUACUAGUUAGGGUUCUAUAUCACCACACGAGUUAUGGAAACAGAAAACUGUGUGAUGUAGAUAUAAGGAGAAAACCAUUGGAUAUUCAUGUAUAUGGAUUGCAUACAGUGGGUGAAUAUCCGUGGGAUAUCUUGGUAAGUGAAAAGUCCUGGUACUUAAAGGCAAAGAAGAUAACAUGAUAGCUAAAGUUUCAAGGUAACACCAUGUUCUGGUAUAUGCAAUGAUUUAAUAUUUUCUUUGGUUAUAAAAUUUUCAAACCUGUUUGAUUUUUGUCUCCUAUUGCCUCAAAGGGCUAAGAGUUAAAGAAAAUUAUAAAUUUGCAUUGUAAGCUACAGUCUUAUUUGUGAAAAUUAAUUUACAUUGAAGAAAAACAUUGAACCUGGACAUCCAAUCAAGUACACUGUAUCUGUUGCACUCACUAGUAUGGAACAUCUUGUUAAAGUGACCAUCUAAUAAAAGUGAAGACAAUAAAAAAUAACUUGUUGUUACCUUGGAAAAGUGGACUGAGACUGCUUAAAGGGACAGUGUCUUGAUUGUGCGCACACGCGAGCGUCAUCUGUUUUUUCUUGAAAAGACAAUAGAACUGUCAUAUUGACUUGACAAGAUCUCCUUCCGGACCGCACCGCUGACGGAGAUUUGUCGUUUACAUUCUCAAGUAAUAUUUUAGACUUUCAAAGAAGUUUUUCGUCAUAUUUAAAAUUUGGCUCGUGGCAUGAAGACUCAUUGCGAUUUUGUCGCUAGCAUGGCCGCCUCGCAACCCAAAAAUCUUGUUCCACUCGCUUUAAAAACAGCUUUUCUUAUGUGAAACUUGUGUCAGAGGUCAAUUUUUCCAAGUCCAGUAAUAUUUGCUUGAGUUGCUCGCAUUCUAGCUUCAAACGUUUGAAAGAUAUAAAUAAAAAUGCAAUCUCAGCGCGAUGAAUUAUCGCAAAGGUUAGUCAAAAAUUAUAUUAUGAUUUCAUUGCACUAGUUUUUCUAAAAAUGUAGUGCCUGUUUGUUUGAUUUUGUUGGCCGUAGGGAGGUUCAUUUAAAAGUUUACUAACGCAUUGUUGCAAAACAUUCUGCUUCACGAAGCUUAAUUCCACAAGAUCUCCUCAGUCACAUCCAUGUGUCAAUGGUUUCUUUCUUACAGUCUCUGUUGUUGCUGUUUCAUUUCUGCGUAUUCCUUUCGCAAUUAUCUGAGCUUGUAUGGAAGCUGGUAGAAGAAACAAGCCUUCACUCGGGAUCAAAGUACUUCCCAUGUUUUGGUCCUCUGGCCAACGGCAAUAAAAGUAACUCCAAAAAAUCCCUAUUUUGCCCAAAUCAAAACUCAACGGGAACAAUAUAUCAUUGAUCUGUAAUCCUGGGAAGUUUUAGUGUAGUAUCGAACUCUACUAAGCGCAAUGCAAACGGAUUUUUCAAGGUUCUCUUACUCUCCUCGCAUCUUUUGAUUUUGCGACAUCCUGUCCAAAAAUCAAAGUUUGGUGCAUGCACAGUAAUGGGAUACUGUUCCUUUAAUAGAGGUGACUGCUUAACACAUGUCAGUUGUACAGUAAUUGAAGGAAUAUUUUUUGGGACUUAGGUAGGUGAACGCUUAAAGAGGGUGACCACUAAAUAGAGGUUCGUUUAAUACUUUGUUUAUUUUUUAAGUUGGAAACUUUGGAAAUAACAGUUGUCAGUGGAUUUCCCUUUUAUAAAUCAGUAACCAGACCUCACAUUAAUUUUUCUUAAAUUUAUAACCAGGAAAAAAGACUGCAAAGCAUUUUAAUGUUGAAGAUAUGUUUGAGAAAGCAAAAAGGACAGCUGUGGAACUAUCCAGCAGUAGAAAGAAAGGUACCAAUAAUGUAAUUUAUUGUAUUAGAGAGAAAAUCUGAAGAAUUAUGUAGAAAUAAUACUUGUUAAUUGCUAUGCACUAUGACUUAAGGAAUAUUUUGUCAAAUGGAAUCCUAUGAGUCACCCAGUACUGACUCAGACAAACAUUUUGAUCCAUUAAAGACAAACGUGCAUGUCUGUAUGGCAACAGUCCUCUCUAUGGGUACCUACAGACGUUGUUUUUAUCGCACAUUUUCCAUCAAAUCGUUAGUUUUUCAUGAAAGGCUGCAAAACAAUGAUUUUUUUACGGUGGUGAUGCCACUAGCGAGCUUGAGCAAUCACAACCCCAUAACAGAAACAAGAAAAUAAAUGAUAAAAAAGCAAUAGGUUUAAUGAGCAAAACAGCUUUUAACGUGCAUUAUACUUUUUGGUAGAUUUGCACAAAUAACAUUGUCAAACUUGGGAAUGGUCAUGCGAUCGUCGCUUAAAUCUCUAAAACUGUCAUUUCAUCAAUAGCGAUUGUCAUAAUUUUAAUUUGUCGGAAAUACCCAUACAGAGGCUCAAUAGGGAAACUAAAAAAUGGAAACUUAACAAAUUGUGAAGUUAGCUUACUAGAGAGAUAAGAAAUGCUUAGUACUAAAUACUGCUGCUUGAGUGAGGGUAAAACCAACUUGAGUAGGCCAAAAUCUCUCAAAGAGUUGCUGGAAUGUUGGAGAAAGUCUUCCUGUCAUUUCCAAAACCUACAAGGCAUCACAAAGUGCAAGCAUUGUUUGGCUAGUGGCUGGCGUGGCUGGCUUGUAGGAAUUGUUUACAGAGUCUGAAAAGUAUCACAUGUACUAGAAUCUAUAGUAUAUACUAAAACAGUGGAUAGUGUUUUUCGCACACUCUAAUUGGCUACUCAGUCAGUGAAUAUCGCUGCACUAUUCACUGAUUCACCUCCAGUUCCUCUGAGCGAGUGAUACAAACUUGUGUAAGUUGCGAGCAAAAUGCCUUCCUGGUUUACUGCCGUAACAAACAAAGAAAUUUCACAACUAAUCAAGCAAGCUGUUCCCAAAAUACACGAGGGAAGGUGACGAAGUUCGGUUUGAAAGUUUUAACAGUGUCUUUUUGACUUGAAUUUAUUAAUAAAACCGUUGAAAAUGUUUUUUGUUUACAAAUGCAAAUGAAGUCUUGUGUUACUUUACUAUUUAGUUGACUUGUUCAUAAAUAAUCCUAAAACUAAAUGUAAUAAUCUUUUUUACAUAAUGAUUUUAAAUACAAAAAGAAUUUACAACUCCUUUUAAAGAAAUUUCCCCACAAGAGCUAAACAAAUGCCUUCAAAAGUUUUAUUUGUCGGUAAGAAAAAGCGACAACCACGGACAUUCGGUCAUUGUGCGCCAAAAUAAAUGGCAAGCAGAAAAUGAGUUAAAAAUCAUCAUUUUUGUGCUUAAUUAUCUCACUGUUUUAGUAUACAGCUAUUUUGAGAAAGGUUGUCGGAAAAAAUGUGCACGUGACAGUCCCGAAAGGAAAUACGGGAUAUGAUCAAUACACUGUUCCUGACGACUGUAGCUGUCAAACCUACUUUUAUUACUUUCCUUUAGCACUUACAAACGCAUUUCCAUGGCCUUUCAUGCCAAUUCUUUCAACUUUCUUUGAACAAAAGAGACUUCGAAAUCACCCACAAUGCCUUUCAUGAUUGUUGUGUGCACUUUUCCUGACAACCUUUCUUGAAAUAGCUGUGUACUAAAACAAUUAUUCACCUCACUGUCAGUGGCUAGUGGUGGCUAUUUACCUCGCCACUUCACGGCCUCGGUAAAUAUUCACCACUAGCCACCUUCGCUUCGGUGAAUAAUUGUUAUUUAUACAAAUGUUUGUGCUUUUUGUGGCAUGAAGAAAAGGUGCUGCAGCCAAAAUUCCUGUUCUUCUGAAAGCAAAUCUGUUGCUAGAACAGUUUAAUGGAGAAUGCUUAAGAAAAAAGCCCUGAAAUCUAGAGCUGAGCCAGGGACAAACUAUAAGAAGCAUGUUUAAAACAAGUAGCAGCAAACAAAAUUAUGUUGCAUAAGGCAAAGAAGUGCUGUCAUUUGUUUGUCUGUCCACAUGUUUACUUGUUCAAACGAUUAUUGGUCCUAAAAAUAAUGGAUAUGUUUAUAGAACUGUUUAUUAGAGCUCUCCCAAAAUGAAUUCAUUUGAGUGGUCAAACUUGAAAUUGAAAUUUCCUUCAAUAACUCUGUAAAGCUGUAAGAGUAUUAAGUCACAGGUGCAUGAAUGUUUAUAUUGAUGUAGUAUGUUGGUUGGAGUUUUAAUUUUAGUUUUUUGCUUUUCCACUUCAUGUUUCAUUGAAGAAGAAGAGUGUUUGUGUACAAUGUUUCCCUAGUAACUGGUUAUUAAAAAUAAAAAAACCAUCAGAAAAGGCAAUGACUGAGAGCUGAAAACACAGUGUAAUGACCAUUCAUUUAUUAAAGUGAGAAUUAUUAACAUUCUUACCUACAUGGUGUGCCCUGUCGUCUUGACAAGGAGAGCUAUAUAUACAGCUACACUAUAUAAGGAAACAAUCAGAAUGUACUUUUUAUUAAUUGUACUUUUUAGAUCCCUCUGAGGAUGAUAUUGAAGAUCAUCCUGCACCAUUUGUGAUCAUGCCACCAGUAGCUAUGGACAAAAAGGUACAACUGGCAAAAAACAUAUCAUUGUAUUAUUGUAUGUAACUUAUUUUAAAUCUUUUUCUACAAAUAAAUAAUAUUAGUGUCUUUGGUAGUUGUGACCAUUCAGAUGAAAGCUACUGAGCAGUGUUAUCCUGUUGAUUAUCUAUGCUCCACCCUCAAUGUGCCGCUUCCAUCAUUUUUUUGUCAAUUAAAAUAAUGCUAAGGUGUGACCAUUCAAAUGAAAACAAUACAGUGAAACCUCUAUUAAGGGGACACCUUCCCAAGUGUCCGCUUAAUAGAGGUUUGUAAAAAUUGGGCAAUGUUUGUUAACAAUAAUUAAUAUUCAACGGUUACUCUGUACUGUUAUAAAGUUCCAUGUUGUUAAGGAAGCUAAGGAAGCUCUGCUGUACUUUGUGCAAGAUUUUCGGUCUAAUCUACAGUUUAUUGACAGCUAAAUGUAUUGAUUUAUCUUUAUCAAUCAACUAGAAUACGUAUUUCAAGGCCCGGGGGGGGGAGGGGGGUACUUCCUUAUAAGAGGCUAAUGGGGAUGUGUCGCUGGAUGGGAUCGUAUUUUCAUGACUGGAUUGACUAUAAUGGGGUAGCAUUUUCAAUAGAGUUUCUAGAAUGGGGCCGCACAUGCAAUUGUGCAGUUCUCUCUUGUGGACCUACUUUUACUAAUAAUUAUGCAAAAGAACAUGCUUCUAAGCACGGUUAUUAUCUGAAGUCCUGUUUACACUUUUUCAAGAUUUUUCAAGCAUGUAUAUGUUGUAGUUAAUUUUUAUCUCAGGUGAUUUUUAUUUUUCCUUUGUUUCAACUUCAUUAGCAAACAUUACCAUACCCAAAAACAAAAGAAAAUCAAAAAUACCUGAGAUGCAAAAUUAACUACAACAUAUAUAAUUAAUGGUUAUUACUUCAUUAUUUAAGCAAUAGAAAAAGUUUUCCAUGUUCAUAAUUACACAGCCUGAUAUAAACAUGGGAGGGGUUGGGAGAAUUUGAGACAGUUAUAUAACUGUCGAGUAUUCUCCCAAUCCCUUGAGUGUAUAUAUCAGGCUAUGCAAACACAGGUAAAAAGUUUGCUGUUGCUUUUAUAAAAUAAUUUUCCCGAGGAUUAAAAAGAAAAGUUGUUGUUCAUGGAACUUAUUAAGAGAGAAAUUCUUACCAGUUGCAAAGUUUUGUAUACAAAGUUUUGUACACGUAAUCAGUUCUUGUUUUCCAAAAAAGAAGCUUUCCAAAAAGAGAAUUUUACUCGCUUAAACUGUCAGCUUAAGCGAAAAAAAUUGACAUAGCAUGUUUGUAAAAUGUUUGUUGAUUGGUAAAAUAAAGAAAAGUUGUUGAGUUUUCAAUUCAAAACCUUUAUCAAUUUUGUGCUUGUGUGAUAAGUGCAUGCAAAGCAAAACAUCUUGAUGUCACAACUUUGUUUACAUAUUCUCACGCAAACAUGCCUCUCGUUCAAUCAGAGUGCACGCACUAUUUUUAGUUAUUUUUAUAAAAUGAAAUUAAAAUUUCUCUUGAGACAUCUGACAGAGAAAGGAAGGAAGACAGCGAUGAUGAUGAUGACAGAGAAAAUGAUGAUGAUGAUCAAGAGGUACACUUGCAAAUUACUUCAUUUUUAGUAUGUUUAAAUUAUAAAUAGAAAACUAAUAAUGAUAAUAACAAUAUUAUUAUUGUUUUCUCAGAGCCUGGAAGGUCGUAUCCCUGUGAGUCAUGAAAUUUCACUGGAUCAUGGGAACAAAACAGUUGAGUUUCUUGUUUGAUUGUUUUUGCUUCUAAAUCUAUGCCUUUUUGGGCAGAGAAACUGCUGGACUGAUGGUAUUGGUGUUACAAUGUAUUGCUUUGACAUAAAAUAAUAGUUAUAAUAAUGACUGUGAUUUAAUUGACCAAAUACAUUGUAAAAGUAUAAAAUGUAUUGUAGUUGAUAGAUGUGAUGCAUUGUUGUAGGGUUUGUACAUGAUUGAAAAGAAGAAACGUGAUUACUGCGCUCUUGAUAUCACUGGUAAAUGAUUAAGUUUUAAGGUACUGUACUUAUAUUAACUGAGUGCUAACUUAAAGAAUUCUGUUUAAGGUGUCUGCCCUUGCCUUGGAUCCAUCAGGAUCACGGCUGGUGACUGGAGGAUAUGAUUUUGAGGUAUGUGUUUCAACAAGGGACGAUGAGAGAUGACAGAAUGUCUUGUGCCAUUUUGGAGUAUUUUAUUUUGCUGAAGUUCUGUAUAUUUUUAGGCUGGCCAUAAAAUCACAUGCCUUGACAGUGCAAUGAUGACUGAAUCAAGGAUUAAAAUUAUUUGAAUCAUUGUUACACGGUGGGCCCAUAGGAUGCAAAAAGCUGCAACCUAGGAACUAUUUUUGCAUUUUUUAUUCGUUUGAGCUCAAACUUUGCAGGAUGGUUGAACUUUGUAUUCCAAAAAAUCCCAUGUUUUUUUGUUUUUUGAUUUUAAUGGUUUUGGUGGGAAAAUGAUGUCACAAGAUUGCAGCAAAAUUAAAAUUUCAAGAUAUGGCAAAACAAAUAAAUAAUUUAAAAAGCACGGCAUGAUAGAAUAGAAUGUGAACAUUUUUUUUCAAAAACUCAAUUAGUUAAAGAGUUAUUAAACUUGAUUUUUGAAUUUCCCGCCAUUCUGUUACUAUUUUUAGAAACAUAAGUAUGUUUCAAGAUGCUAUUUCUCUAAAGCAAAUGAGCUUUGCCCAAAAUUUUUUCACAUUUGUUUCUAUCACCUCAAGCUCUUUCAAAAUUAUUUAUUUGUUUUGUUAUAACUUGAAAUUUAAAUUUUGCUGUCAAUCUUGUGACAUCAUUUUCCCGCCAAAAACCGUUAAAAUAAAAAAAGCAAAAAGCAUAGGAUUUUUUGGAAUACAGAGUUCUACCAUCCUGCAAAAUUUGAGUUCAAAGGAAUAAAAAAUGCAAAAGUAAUUCCUUGAUUGCAGGUUUUUGGGUCCUGCGGGCCCAGCAUGUUAAGUGUCUAUGUGAAAAUACAUGUACGUACAAUGUAUUUUAAAUUUCAUGCAGAGGACCUUUAACAUUUAUUUUCUUCCUCAAUUUGACGUAUGACCACUGUAAAGAACACUCUACUCUACAGUUCUAUAGUAUAAUAAGUCUAUUUUUCAGGUAAAAUUUUGGGAUUUCAAUGCCAUGGAUGCAUCUCGCCGUGCUUUUAGGACACUUCAGCCAUUUGAAUGUCAUCAGAUUAAAUCCAUAGAGUAUAGUAUCACUGGUGAUGUUGUUCUUGUUGCUGCUGGCAAUGCACAGGUA